CGUCUUGGAGGAGAUUCAUUCGUGCAUGACAGCUUGUGGAGUAGCCGGUCGGUGGGGGGCGUUCGAUCGUGUUUAUUCCACGCACGCGUCGCCCGUUUCAUUUGAUAUUGCAAACCGAUCGGUUUUACCUUGCGGUUUUUUGUUGUUGCGGACUGUUUUUGAUCACUGAACUCCCUGUGACGUACUGUACAGUAGUGGCUAACAGGCUGUUAGCUAAUCAGCCGAAUAGCUUGUUGGUGAACCAGCUCCCCGCAAUUCUCUCCAGCAAGUCCCACCCUCUAAGGAGUGCGUGGUCGUCGUGCGAAGCUGCAGCGGUGAAGCGGUACUUCCCCACCCCCCUACCCUUCAACUCAGCCGGCAUCGUUCUUGUUACGCCUCCGACGGGUCUGCUAGCAAAGCUAAAACCAUUAAGCCCUGGUAACGUUAGCAAGGUGACGCCAACGACAUUGUUGGCGCUGUGUGGGGAGAGACGUGUCUUCUAAAGAGGGAUACGUUCGCUGUUCUCACUCCCCUCACCGGCUUCGAGAAGCGGCGGAAAACAAGAGCGAACGGGGAAUACUGCACGGCGAAGGAGGGGACUGGCUCGAUUAGCCGGUGUGAUUGAAUUCGCAUACAGAGAUCAAGCCCUGCGACUGAGCCACAGACAACCAUGAGUAUUGAGAUACCCGUGGGUUUGAAGGAACUGCUGGAGGGCUAUACAGUGGAAGUGCUUCGGCAACGACCGUCGGACCUGUUGGAAUUUGCCGUCCAGUACUUCACCCGCUUGCGGGACACCAGGAGUCAAGAUGGGGCUAAUGAAGGGGGCAAGAUGGGAAAAGGGGUGAUGUUCGAUGGAGAGCCGAUGCAAACGGAGUCCAACGGCGACGAUGACGAAGAUGACGAUUCAGACUUUGAACCCCCACCACCAAGCAGAUUCAACAGAAGAGUAUCAGUGUGUGCGGAGGCAUUCAAUCCAGAUGAAGAUGAUGAAGACACAGAACCCAGAGUGGUUCAUCCAAAAACCGAUGUACAACGCUGCAGACUGCAGGAGGCCUGUCGGGACAUUUUGCUCUUCAAAACACUGGAUCAGGAGCAGUUCUCUGAAGUGCUGGAUGCAAUGUUUGAAUUACGGGUCCAGCCCCAAGAGCAUGUGAUUGACCAGGGAGACGAUGGGGACAACUUUUAUGUCAUAGAGCGAGGUGUGUUUGACAUUGUGGUAUCAGGAACAUGCGUGGGUCAGUAUGACAACAAGGGCAGUUUCGGGGAGCUGGCACUCAUGUACAACACACCACGUGCAGCUACCAUCAUCGCCACCGAAGAGGGCUCGCUAUGGGGGCUGGAUCGUGCCACAUUUCGUAGACUCAUUUUGAAGAACAAUGCCAAGAAGCGAAGGAUGUACGAGUCUUUUAUUGAGUCUGUGCCCCUACUGAAAUCCCUGGAGGCAAAUGAGAGGAUGAAGAUUGUGGAUGUAUUAGGCGCAAAACAGUUCUCAGAUGGUGAGCGCAUCAUUACACAGGGGGACAGUGCUGACUGCUUCUACAUUGUCGAAUCUGGGGAAGUCAAGAUCAUGAUGAAGAGUAAAACGAAGGCAGACCAUGCAGACAACGCGGAGGUGGAGAUAGCACGCUGUAGCAGGGGUCAGUACUUCGGGGAGCUGGCCUUGGUCACUAACAAGCCCCGCGCUGCUUCAGCCUACGCAGUGGGCAGUGUCAAAUGUUUGGUAAUAGACGUGCAAGCGUUUGAGCGCCUCCUGGGCUCCUGUAAAGAGAUCAUGAAGAGGAACAUCGCCCAUUACGAGGAGCAGCUGGUGGCCCUGUUCGGCUCGAGCAUGGACCUGAGAGACUGAGCCUCCCACUCCACUCGCCGUGCCUUCUAUUACACAAGCACGCACACACACACACAGACACAAACACACACACAUUCACACAGGUGAUCGAGAUGCAUCCAAAGCUUUACCCAUUUUGUCCAAACAUGAAGAAAUGUAUUUGGUUCACAUGGAAAGGAAUAAAAUAAAAUUUAUUUUGCGUAUACACUGACACAAGCACUCACAUAUUCCCUUAAUAUAACUCUUACACAUGCACUCCUUAAUAAAACUGCACACACACACGCACACACAUGCAGAUAACUGUAGGUCAUAACCUUGUUAUUUCAUGCCAGCUUCACGCUUUCAGCAUGUCUUCGAUGAGUUCACCUGUAUGCAGGUAAAGCAGAGGUCAGAUGUAGAACGAAUACACACACACUCACACACUCACACUCCAUAUCGUUUUCCAAAGCGCAGCAGCACUCGUGCUUUGAAUGGCAGUUAUCGAUAUCACAGGAGCGUUUUAACAGCUCUGAUUUGCUUCAGCCAAGGAGAGAGACACACACACACAUACACGCACAGAAACACGCACAGGGGGUACACUUAAUGAACACAAACCACAUUUGCAAAAACAAAAUUGAGCUGACAAACUUAAAAAAAGAUGUUAAAAAAUGCAAAAAAGUUUAAUGAAGACUAAAGUUUUAGAAACAUUUUAUGAAGAUAAAAACAGAAUCUUUGAUAAAAUAUUAUUUAAGUAUAUAAAAAAGAAGUGUUUUCUCCCUGAGAGGCCGGGGUACAGAACAAUGUGAGGACACUCCAUUUCUUCCUCGACUGUUGUUGAGUUCAGUUAGUGCUGGUGAAUAUUACAGUACCAUGGAGGAAGUGAUAAAACAACAUCCUCCAUUUCUGGGAAUUUGCUAUUCUAUUCGUUGACGCCACACUUCAUUGUAUUGAAUUAAUUAUUAAUGUAUUGCUAUCAUAUAUUUUUUUUUGUUGUUUUUUUUUUGACCAACUGAUAAUUCACCCUCCAUCUGUGUAAAAACACAGAAAAAGCUAAUAAAAAUUGUGCUUAUUUCUCUUCGAUUAUCCUAAAUGAGUUGUCCUGGAUGGAAAAAACAAAAAAAACAAAAAAAUAAAGAUAACCUUUUGGUAAA